GACACAGGUGUUUCAUGAACAAGAUCUUCCAGGUUGGACUGCCGAAUAGGUUUGGUCGGUGCAACCAGGUGGAAAUGAGCUGCGUCCUGAUUCCUCUGCUUCUCCAAGACCCGUCCGUGAAGAAGGCGCAUCCAAAGAAGAAGGCGCGACUACCUUCACCGCUGAAAGCACCACUGAAAGCAGUGCUUUUCAAGGCGAUGCCAGAGAUCGCAAGUGCCAUUGGGGGCAUCAAAGAUGCCGAGCGGGGUUCGCCUGUGGAGCAGAGAUCGGUGCUGGCUGACUGCCGAGACAUCCCAGUGUGGUCCUACAACAUCCGUUAUGAGAUGAGGUUCAUUUCGAUGUUACAUUGGUGCAAUCGUCAGAUCGCUGAAGGGCAGGUGGUCGACGUGAGCUCAUUUGAGGAUUUCCUGAAUUUGAUGGAAACCUCACGAUCUGACCAGAGGCGAGCCGCAGCCCACUCUGGUACAAAGGCAGCCGAGGCAGAAGCUGCAGCCAAGGCCAAGGCAGCUGAAUCUACUGCUAGCUCCAGUUCGAGAAUCAUCAAGGCCAUUGCCACCACCUCCACAACCGGCUGCACCAGUGCCUUUCAAGGCAACGCCAGGCCCCUGGAAGCCAGGGCUGCUAUGGGCUCUGGACU